AUGGCCCCGGCUUUUAUGGUCUCGGCGCCUGGCAAAGUCAUAGUAUUUGGAGAACACGCUGUCGUCUAUGGAAAGCCGGCCAUGGCAGCAACAAUCUCUCUCCGGUCUUAUCUUCACGUUACGACGCUGUCCAAGUCACAUAGAACCGUCUCUCUGCGAUUCCCUGAUAUUGAUCUCGACCAUACCUGGGAUAUUGAAACACUGCCGUGGGAUGUGUUUUCGGCGCCAUCGAAAAAGAAGUACUAUUACGACAGGGUCACUUCUCUGGACCAAGAACUUGUGGACGCUAUCAAACCCCAUCUCUCUGUUGUCUCCCCUAAUGCUUCUCCCGAUGCGCGCAAAGUCCACCAUGCUUCGGCAUUCGCGUUCCUUUACCUAUAUCUUUCGCUGGGCUCGCCAAAGUCAUCCGCAUGUAUAUAUACGCUUCGUUCUACAUUACCAGUGGGGGCCGGUCUGGGAAGCAGUGCCAGCAUUUGCGUCUGCCUUAGCACUGCACUCUUAUUGCAAAUCCGAACCUUGGCAGGCCCUCACGCGGACCAACCAUCCGACGAGUCUGAAGUGCAAUUGGAGAGGAUUAACCGUUGGGCGUUUGUCGGAGAAAUGUGUAUACAUGGAAAUCCCAGUGGUGUGGACAAUACCGUUUCAGCCGGAGGAAAAGCCGUUGUUUACAAGCGCGAGGUCUCUGGCCGACCUCCCACUGUAACACCAUUAAGAGCCUUCCCAGAGCUUCCCCUUUUGCUGGUCAAUUCGCGCCAUCCACGUUCAACUGGUACUCAAGUCGCCAAAGUGGGCGCGCUGAAAGAAGCCCACCCCACCGUAACAAAUCAGCUUCUGGACGCUAUCCACGAAGUGACCGAUUCGGCAUACAAGCUCCUUACUUCUCCCGACUACAACAAGGAUGAUCCUGCUUCUCUCCAGUACCUUGGAGAAUUGAUCCAGAUCAAUCAUGGUCUGCUGACGUCCUUGGGUGUCUCACACCCUCGUCUGGAACGUAUUCGCGAGCUUGUUGAUUAUGCAGGCAUUGGAUGGACCAAACUGACAGGAGCUGGUGGCGGUGGUUGUGCCAUCACCAUUCUGAAGCCCGAGGCAGACGUGGAAAAGGUCAAAGGAUUGAUGGACCAGCUCGAUGCUGAGGGCUUUGAGCGUUUUGAGACUACUCUUGGAGGUGAUGGCGUCGGUGUGCUGUGGCCGGCGGUGCUGCAAAAUGGCACCGACGAAGAGGGCGGUGAAGAAAUUGAUCAGGAGAAAUUCUUGAAUGCGCCAGAUACCGCCGCGAUCGAAGAUUUGGUCGGCGUGGGCGUUCAGGAAAAGAGGGACGGCUGGAAGUUUUGGAGACCAACGUGA